AUGUUCCCAAAAGGUGGAGGACAACCUCACUGGGGAAGCGUCUACUUCGACCAACAUGUCCAGGUUGAAGGCAGCUUUAUCCAGAAUGGUAGGAUUAUGAAUCUAACGCAACAGUCCAUGCUCCACGAACGAAUACGGUUGCUUCAAUACGUGGGGACACCAGAAAGUAAUAAUUUCAAAUUUGUAUGGGUGAUCGCCAAAAAUCUCGACGUUUCUACAGCAAUUUCUAUAAGAGAACAGGGGAAUCUGUGUAGUCCACGGUUAGCUCCAGCCGUUUUUCAGGACGAGGGCUACGAAUUCCUCGGUGAAGCGGACAUCGAUAAUCGGACAAUGCAAUACGUGUUUCAAGGACAUGUUCACGUCGUAGACAAGAGCCAGUUUCUCGCAAAAGUCUUCGUGCUAACCAAACAACGAUGUAGUUGUUCGUGCGCAGAGGGUACAAUAGCGGCUACUCAAAUGCCCAUCGUCGCCUUCUUCUACGGUAGCUAUCUAGUAUCUUUUUUUUCAAGCAGCUCAUCGUUCCACUCUAAGAUUAAUAUAGAUCAUUUUAACGCUAUUCUUAUGAUUGAGUAG